UUAGCCAUACGGUCAGCAGUGUAGUUAGGUUCAACGUCUGAUUUUAAGAAGAUACAUUGUACAAAUAGGCUGAGUUUGUGGCUGUGGUAACUAGUGACGACCCGGAUUUUGUCGCAUGACUACCAGGCAUCUGACCUUUUGCCUCAAAGUCUACGUCCACACAGACGAUCCCACAGGAAGUUAACCAUGGCACUCCACACGAGAGAAGCUAAAUUAGAUCUGGUCACCAAAAGCAUAAAACAUUUUCCUGAUUUCCCAAGCAAAGGAAUACUUUUCAGAGACAUCUGUCCAAUUCUCAAAGACCCGGGUGCAUUAACCGCAGUCAUCGAUCUUUUUGAGGAACAUGUGAGGCAGACUCAUCCCCAAGUAGAACUGAUUGUCGGUCUGGAUGCCCGGGGAUUUCUCUUCGGACCCCUUCUAGCCCAGAGGUUAGGAGUGGGAUUUGUGCUGGUCCGGAAGAAGGGAAAGCUCCCAGGGCCUACAGUGUCUGUGGCAUACAAACUGGAGUAUGGAGAGGCCGCAGUUGAGGUCCAGGAGGAUGCAGUGGCUCCAGGAGAGAAAGUGCUUCUCAUUGAUGAUCUACUAGCCACUGGAGGAACCAUGUAUGCUGCCUGUGAGCUCAUGAAGAAACAGAAUGCGGAGGUUAUGGGCUGCAUGGUGGUCAUUGAGCUCAAAGAGCUCAACGGGGUUGAAAAGCUGAAGCCAAAUACCCUCUUCUCCCUGGUGCAGUAUUGAGGUCAAAACAAUUCCAAGUGUUCCAUUCAGUAUGGUUUAGAACACACUACUUUGAUGCAGUUUACUGUCUUACAGUUCCUACCCAACUGUAAUGAAUUGUGAUGGAGACGCACUAUAAAGCAAAUGGCAUUCAUUUUAUAAGUAUACAUAGUACGUCUGUGACGGUUAUGGAAUUUUGGAAGACUAUUUGGCCAGCCAAAUGACCACGGUCACUGUAAUAACUGUUGGAAUAGCAGCAACAACAAAAAUAUUUUUACACACAUUUUUCUCCUCAUCCACGUGCGGUCAUAUGAAUAGAAUGGGCGUCCCCAUUCAAGUCAAUGAUGGCAUAAUGGGUGGACUGGCGAAAGCAGGAAGAGUACCAUAGAGAGAGGUGAAGCGAGAGGAUUCUCUCUUCCCAAAACCGGUCCACGUGAGAUGAACCCUUUUUUGUAUGGAACUCUUGUCAAAUUAUGUGAGGCUUUUUUGAUAACAAUGUGCAAUUGAAAAGCCACUUUAUUCUUACAUUGGUUCAAAAUACUGACCCUCAACGAGGUGUAGAUGAGAGAAAUAAAUAAAAAAAAAGCCCAAAAGGAAGUGCCAGCUGGCUGGCUUGCCUCUGAAGCUAUGCAGGGUUGUCCCUGAAUGGGUGACCAGGUGCUGCUGGAAGUGGUGUUGGAGGGCCAGUAGGAGGCACUUUUUCCUCUGGUCUUAAAAAAUAUCCCAAUGCCCCAGGGCAAUGUAGGGUGCAGUCUUUCGUGUGGGACGUUAAACAGGUGUCCUGACUCUGGUCACUAAAGAGCACAUGGCACUUAUCGUUAGUUGGGUGUUAACCCUGGUGGCCUGGCUAAAUUCCCAAUCUGGCCUUCACACCAUGGUCACCAAAUCAUCCCCAGCUUCCAAUUGGCUCAUUCAUCCCCCUCUAGGUCGGUGCUGUACAUGAGAAUGUGUUCUCAGCCAAUUUAACUGGUAAAAUGAUCUAAAUGUGUCACUGACAACUUUGAGAAAAACGUACAUUUUGCACGCAUAUCUGCCUUAUUGGCAUUUAUUGUUUGAUCAGUCACAGCUUUCUUGUCAAUAUAGACCAUCUGUGUGUACCCAUCAAUGUGCUGUUAAUUAGUUGUGCUAGCCCUCAUUUAUAUGCAAUAAGAAUCAAUGACUAAAGAUGCCUUCUGUUGUGUACUGGUGCAAUUGCUAGUCAUUUUGUCAGUAUACUUGUUUCACCAUGACUGAUUAAUUGUUUCAAACUUCUGCAGAAUAAAAAUGAACUGUUCACAUUGGAGAAACAUGUGCACUAUAGAAUAAGAA